AUGACGAGGUGGUCUGAGUUCUUGGCCGCCUAUAACUACCAGCUCACACACCGCCCCGGCAAGGACAUUUUGCACGCCGAUGCCUUAAGUCGCUCACCUCUCCCAGACGUGCAAGAUGACCCAGCACCCACGUCCCACGUCCUCCAAAUAGAAACCCUACCCAGCCCACUCCUCACUGCGCCAGACAUUGCCCGCGAGACAAAAAAAGAUAAGCGGCUGGCGCGAGUCUUGAGCUGGGUAGAACGAGGUUGGCCGGAAAAUGACAAAGACGAACACUCUAAAGCUUUCAGGAACCGGCAAACUGAACUAUUUGCCCAAAAAGGGUGCAUUCUUUGGGGAGAUCGGGUGGUGAUACCAGAAACAUUACAAACAAAGGUAUUGGACAUGCUGUACGAAGGGCACCCGGGCAUUGUCCGGAUGAAAGCCUUGCUUGAAAAGGGAAGAGACGUGGCAAAUAAAUUAUAUAAGAUGUCAUGGGAGAAGCAAAUGGAAGAUUUAUUCAAUGAAUUCAAGCAAACACAAGAAUCUACUAUAGCAGCGAUGGAAAAGCCCUGGAAGUUUAAAUUUUGGGAUAUUAGCAAUAAAUUUCUUAGUGUGGUGAACAACGUGCUGAUAGCAACUCCACAAAAUUCAAAUUCACCAGGGAGUUCUUUUGAUGUAAUUCCUAAUAACUCAUUAGAUUCAAAAAGGAAUCCAAUCUUUAUAGGUGCUAGUAAUCAUGUUGUGUCUUGUAUAAAGUCUGGUGAUGGACAGCUUCAAAUGCAGCUCAAAGAGGAAAAUAUCAUGAUAUUGCAUAAAACAACAGAAAAGCUCAAGAAUUUCACUUUCUACAGUAAAAGUGAUGGCAGGCCAGAGAUUUGCACUUUUGAAUCGGCAGAGUUCCCAGGUUGGUUCAUAAGCACUUCAUCUGAGCCAAACAAGCCUAUUGGUUUAAGUCAAAAAGGAGGACCUGAAAAUGUCUUGUUUUAUUUUAGAAAGCAUCAGUCUGGAAUC